AUGGAUCAUGCGGUUUGCAAGCAAGUUCAGGCAGUAGCUAAUAAAGGGAAGAACAAGAAACAUAAUGGUAAAGAUGAAUUUGAUCGUGUCAAACAAGCUGAGAAGAAAAAGAGACGUCUCGAGAAAGCUCUUGCUACCUCUGCAGCCAUUCGAGCUCAGCUUGAGAAGAAGAAGCAGAAGAAACUUGAAGAACAGGAGAGGUUAGAUGAAGAAGGUGCUGCUAUUGCAGAAGCUGCUGCACUGCACGUCCUACUCGGGGAAGAUUCUGACGAGGAUUUCGUCCUUGGAGAGGGAAAUUGUUACAAGAUUGAUAUGUUUAGAAGUGAAAGAACCAACUAUGUUCCAAGGCAAAGUUGUGCCAGCUAUGGGGUUCAAGGGAUUGGGUUUGACUCAAACGUUUAUGGACGUGGAGAUAGUAACUGGUCUGUACCAUAUAAGCCAUUCCUGAGUGGUGCUUGGGACAACAACAUGGGAGUAUCUGUGGACUUGAUUGCUGGUCAAGUGGUCUCAUCGCUGCAUCUAUCCGAGAACGAUGAUAGGAACGCUUUUGUCCUCAAAAAGAUGUUCCUGGGAUGA